GGCAUCACACGUCAGUUGAAAUGGCACCGAAAACCAGUGGAAAGGCCGCCAAAAAAUCCGGCAAGGCGCAGAAGAGUAUUGUCAAGGGAGACAAGAAGAAGCGUAAGCAACGCCGGAAGGAAAGCUACGCCAUCUACAUCUACAAGGUGUUGAAACAAGUCCACCCGGACACCGGCGUCUCGUCAAAAGCCAUGAGCAUCAUGAACAGCUUUGUUAACGACAUUUUCGAACGCAUUGCCAACGAGGCUUCUCGUCUGGCACACUACAACAAACGCUCGACAAUCACUUCCCGCGAAGUACAAACCGCCGUUCGUUUGCUGCUGCCGGGAGAAUUGGCUAAACACGCCGUUUCGGAAGGCACCAAAGCCGUCACCAAAUACACCAGUUCCAAGUAAAUUCUUCUGGCCAUUGCAUUUAAAACCGGCCCUUUUUAGGGCCACCAAACAUUAACGAAGAAUCAAAUUGAAUUUUCUAUGACAAAAAUACAACAGAAAAUCUGAGUUCUUUGUUUACGAUUAUUAGGUAUUUUUAUGUACAGUGGAAACAUGUUUUUAU